ACGCGACUUCCCCCGUCUGACUCGCAAGUUAAACGUAAUUUCCUGCAAGUUGACAUUUGAACUGUUUUUGCAAAUCACAAUGACGUGCUAGAGCGCUAAUGUUUGGGUUUUAAAAUUACAAAUACAUUAUGUUAUUGAUAUAUGUUUCAUAUCGAAAUUGAAACAUUGAAAACAGAUUUGUUUUUAGGACCCAUCCCUAUCUCAAACUCAAAGUAAUGUAACUUGCAAUGUAGCUUGUUAAAACACACACACACACACACAAUGUGUGAGUUGAAUGCAUAUGGAAAUAUUUCUUUCUUGCUGUGUGCAAUACAGAAGGGCCUGUAACGCUACACAACAUUAAAGUACGCUAGUGUUUGAUAUUUUUGAAAGUUAUUUGGUACUACGUGUUAUCACAUUCACACUCAUAAUGGGAGGAAAGAAGAAGAAAUCUGAAGCUCACCCAGCUACAUCCCCGGCGGCACCAGCCACAGCCACAGCCAGCGUUGGAAGUAGUGAUGCUGCAGCCUCAGGUACCACCGCAUCACUGAACAAGAAGAAAAAUCCAAGGCAACCUUCAGCCAAAUCUGCCGCAAAAGAAAUUAAAGCAAAAGGUCCAAAGACUUACAGCUUCACUAAUGCACCACCAACGGACCCAGGGACUGCUUCCAAUCUAGACAAAUCUAUUCUUAAGGUGGUGAUUCAAAGUAACUUGGAGCAAAGAAUAAUACAUCUGAUCAAUGACUAUAAGAAACAACAUGGAGACAAGGGGUCCAUAUCUGGAAGAUUGACUGCCAAAAAGCUUCUGGACCUGUACAUGGCUUUACAAGGGUUUUCGUUCAAGCCUGAACACAUUGAAGACGCUAUGAAAAACACAGUUUUAUAUGGCGGUGAUCUUCAUUCUGCCCUGGAUUGGCUUUGCUUAAACCUUCGGGAUGAUGAACUUCCGGAAGGCUUUAGUCAAAAAAUGCAGACCGAAGAACAGAUCACAAAGUCACAGUUUCAGCCACCUCCUGAAAAGAAGGAACUUUCACAUUCAGAGACCAAGAGAGUUGACGAGAAACCUGAGGCAAAGCAGGCAAGUGUCAAAGAGGAGAAGGUGAACAUGAAAGAGUGGAUACUACGCUAUGCUGAACAAGAGAGUGAAGAAGAUGAUGGAGAGGAGCCAGGUGAAUCUAAAAAGAGCUCUGAGCAGGAAGAGCGUUUUGAUCCAAAUGACCGUUACUUGCGGCUCACGGCUCAGCUGUUAGAUGCAAAAGACUUGGCAGUUUCCUCGAAACAGAAAAAGGACAAGCUGGGGCAAAGGACUGCUCAAGACAGGAUUAGGAUAAUACAGCAGGAGAUGAAACCAUUGGAAGCACAUCCUAUGUUUAAUCCCACCCUAAAAUAUACAGAGUCCCCAAAAGAAGCCAAGAAGCCUGUUGCACCUCCUGCGGACAAUGGUGCUCUAAACUUUGAUUUGUUUGAAAAAGCUGCGGUACCUCCAGAGGAGAAAGUAAACAAGGAGGAGCCCAAGGACAUAAGAAACUUUGACUAUGCUCCUCGAAGCUGGUCUGGCAAGACUCCCAAACAGUUUCUGAUUGACUGGUGCAGGAAGAACCUUCCCAAAAGCCCACAACCUUCAUUUGAAAAGGUUCCUGCUGGCAGACACUGGAGAUGCAGAGUUCGGGUUAACAAGUUAGAAGAUGGCAUAUUGGAAGUAUGCCCUACAAUCCUUACUGAAGACAGUAUGCAGGCCCAGCAUGUGGCAGCAACUUUGGCACUGUAUACCCUGGUUAAGGGGCAGUCAGUGCAUCAGUUGCUUCCUCCGACCUACAGGGAAGUCUGGCUGGAAUGGAAGGACAAUGAGAAGAAGAAGGAAGAACAAACCAAAAUUGAAACCAACAAGCCCCGUGAUCAGUUCAUCACCAAGCUGCUUAACAAGCUGAAGCAGCAGCAGCAGCAGCAACAGCAGCAGCAGCAGCUAUCCCAGGGUGCAUCGGAGGCUGCGGACGAGCCAGGGGAAUCCUGGGAAGACCUGAUCACAGACGAGGACUUCAGCAAAAUAUCUAUCCACCAUGAGAAACCAGAUGACCUUGAAUCAUCCAGGGCGCUGCUCAGGAAGCUGCAGUCCUCUGCCUUGUUUCAGAGGCUGCUUAGGGACAGAGAGCAGCUGCCAGUGUUUCAGCACAGAGACACGGUCCUGGAGGCUAUUAGAAGGAACCGUGUAGUGGUGGUGGCGGGUGAGACAGGUAGCGGGAAGAGCACUCAGGUACCUCAGUUCAUCUUGGAGGAGCUGCUGACAGGCAGUUUGGGCUCCCAGAAAUGCAGAAUAGUCUGCACUCAGCCCCGCAGGAUCUCUGCAAUGAGUCUGGCUGUCAGGGUGUCUGAGGAGCUUGGCUGUGAAGAGGGACCAGGGACAAGAAAUUCGUUGUGCGGUUAUCAGAUAAGAAUGGAGACUAAAGCUGGAGAUUCUACACGGUUGCUGUAUUGCACCACUGGAGUUCUUCUCAGGAAAUUGCAACAGGAUGGGCUUCUUGAUCGUGUCUCGCAUGUCAUUGUUGAUGAGGUUCAUGAGCGAAGCGUCCAGUCAGAUUUCCUGCUGAUAAUCCUGAAGGAGAUUCUGCGCAAACGCUCUGACCUCCACUUGAUUUUAAUGAGUGCUACAGUCGACUGUGACAAGUUUUCAAACUAUUUUGACCGAUGCCCAGUUGUAAGAAUUCCGGGCAGAACAUUUCCUGUAGAGGUUUACAACCUUGAAGAUGUGGUAGAGGAAACCGGUUAUGUUUUGGAGCAAGACUCUGAUUAUAGUCAAAAAUUUCUUGAAGAGGAAGAAGAAAUCAAUGUGAAUGUCACUGGAAAGGGAGGGAAAACUCAGAUACACCAGGAGUUUAUUGUUAAAGACACUGGACCUAUCUGGGAUUUGGGAUCGGAUCUUCAGAACUACAGCAGCCGCACAGGUCAUGCUGUUCAGUACAUGAACCCAAACAAGAUCAACAUGGAUCUCAUCUUGGAUCUGCUAGACUUCUUAGAUAAGAGUCCACAGUAUAGAGCAGUGGAUGGAGCAGUGCUGGUUUUCCUGCCUGGACUGGCACAUAUACAGCAACUGUAUGACCUCUUGUCUACAGACAAGAGGUUCCGGGUGAAAGAUAGAUAUAAACUGAUUGCCUUGCACUCCACACUUUCAUCAAAAGAUCAGGCAGCAGCGUUUACAGUGCCCCCUCCUGGUGUUAGAAAGAUUGUUUUGGCUACAAACAUUGCAGAAACAGGCGUCACAAUCCCUGAUGUUGUCUUUGUCAUAGACACUGGGAAGACCAAGGAGAACAGGUAUCGUGAAAGCAGCCAGAUGAGCUCCUUGGUGGAGACCUUCAUCAGUAAAGCUAGCGCUCUGCAGCGGCAGGGCAGGGCUGGACGUGUCAGGGAAGGGGUUUGUUUCCGCUUGUUCACCAAGGAAAGGUAUAGAAGCUUUAGCGAUUACUCAGACCCAGAAAUUCUACGAGUGCCUUUAGAAGAGCUUUGUCUCCAUAUCAUGAAGUGUGAGUACGGCUCUCCAGAAGAUUUCCUCUCCAGAGCUCUGGAUCCUCCCCAGCCCCAGGUUGUCAGCAAUGCUAUGAACCUGCUGAGGAGGAUUGGGGCCUGUGAGCUGGACCUCCCCAAACUCACUCCACUGGGACAGCACCUUGCAGCCCUGCCAGUCAAUGUCAAAAUUGGGAAAAUGCUGGUCUUCGGGGCUAUAUUUGGCUGUUUAGAACCAAUUGCAAUUAUAGCAGCAGCAAUUUCAGAAAAGUCCCCCUUUGCUACACCAAUGAAUAGAAAAGAUGAGGCAAACCUGGCAAAGGCAGCCUUGGCUUUGUCCAAUUCGGAUCACCUGACCAUUUACAAUGCAUACAAAGGGUGGAGGAAUGCACGCAGUGAGGGGUCUCGUGCUGAAAUGGCAUACUGUAGGAAGUACUUUCUGAACAGGACAGCACUUUUGACAAUUGAGGAUGUAAAACAGGAGCUGAUGAAGAUGGUUGAAGUGGUGGGCUUCUCGUCUCCCAGAUCGAAGCCAGGCAAGUCCAGAGAUCAGCCUGCCGACUGGUUAAAGGAGCAACAGUCUCCCAAGGAGAUCUCACUUUUGAAAGCUGUGUUGACGGCUGGACUUUAUGACAACAUCGGAAAGGUUAUCUACACCCCGUCCGUCGAUGUCACGGAGAAAGCUGCCUGCACUGUAGAGACUGCGCAAGGCAAAGCCCAGGUCCAUCCUUCUUCGGUCAACAGAGUCCUGCAGACAUACGGUUGGCUGCUUUACCAGGAGAAGGUAAAGUAUGCCAAGGUGUACGUUCGGGACACCACACUGAUAUCACCCUUCCACAUCCUGCUGUUUGGAUGGGACAUUGACGUGCAGCAUCGAGAGAGACUCCUUUCUGUGGAUAGUUGGAUCCAGUUUCAGGCACCUGUGAGAAUUGGAGUCAUCUUUAAACAGUUAAGAGCAUUGAUAGACACAGUCCUUCAGCAGAAACUUGAAAAUCCCCAAAUGUCUCUCGAAGAUAACAAGACCAUACAGAUUAUAACUGAACUGAUUAAAAGUGAAAAUGUCCUGUGAUGACCGUGCUGAGCUUGAUGCUGCAGAGUUUUGAGAAAAAGCAUGACACCGUAAAUCACAACUUUCUUUAAAACAUCCAGAAUAUAUUGAGUAUGUGUUGUAUGUUUUUCUUCAAACCUUGCCAAAGUCACAGUGAAAAAUAAUAGUGUUUACUAUAUUGUAACUGCCUUCUGUGGUGCAUUCACUGUAGCACAAAACAAAAUAAACCACAGGUAUUGGAAGCAGUAUGUGGGCUUACUAUUGCCAUAAAAAAUACCAUUCAUAUUUUGAAUAUAUGCUCCAUUCAUUGUCAUUGUACCAUUUGUUAUUAUUUUUAAUGGAUUUUGACUGUUUUUGGCAUAAGGCUCUACAGCUGAUGGAGAAUGGAUUAAAAGAACAAAGCCCAAAACAAUGUUCUAGAAUUAAUGAUGGUAUCUUAUGUAGAAGGAACGUAUGCAAUAUACCCAUCUGAAAUACUGCUUGGCUGUCUGUCUAUUUUUCCUCAUGUCAAAUAAAUGGGUGUCAAACCAUGACACUUGGUGAGGCCCUCUUAUAUCCCUUUCACAACUUGGCUGUUUCCUCUGCAAAAGAGUCUAGGCUGCAGCAUGUGUUACUGCCCUAAUCCGCGAUGAAUGCAGAAUUCAUUAAUUACUGGCCAGAUUACAAGGUGCUUCUGUCUCAAGAUUGUAGAAUAAUAAAGUUUCCAUAUCCAGUUGGUAAUUGCAGGUAGAACAGGAUAUGGUAAACAAGUGAUAUGGUCAUCAAGGACUUUAAAGAUGUCCCUUCUUGUAUUAUAACUUUGCAACUGUUACAAAAAAAAAAAGGUUUUCUAAUCUAACUCAACUUUUCUUGGCUCCUCAAUAAUAAAUGAUGUUUGCCCAGAGUUUUAUGGGUUAGGUGCAGCUACGAGCACAUUCUUUUGAGUAAAGUGGAUCCCAUUCAGAAUUCUGUCAUCCAGGUUAUCUCCCCUGUUACUCCAUAUCAGCUCCCACUGAGUUUCAGGUGAUCCUGUCCUUAUCCUUCAAGUUUCAAUUAAGAGCAUGUUGAGAGCAACAGCAAAAUAUACUUUCGAAACAAGGCCAGAGCAUAGUAAUAAAUCCCAGGAUCUUUGGUGUAUCCAGUAUGAAAAACAAAAAUGGGAUUUUAAAUCAUGGUAAAAAAAUGACUAAAGAGAUACUGGACAGGUUUAGAAUGUGCUGUCUCUGGAUGAUGGGACCCAAGCCAUGCUAGAACAAUACAGAAAGGCCAUUGCAGAACCUCUAGCCCCCAUUACAUUAAGGCCACAUUGAACAGGGUCAAAGUUAUUAAAGUACAGAAAUUGGGGUUUAACAUUAAACUGCCUACUCAACCCUAACUAUUGUGACACUACCACGCCACUAUAUAUAUAUAUAUAUAUAUAUAUAUAUAUAUAUAUAUAUAUAUAUAUAUAUAUAUAUAUAUAUAUAUAUAUAUAUAUAUAUACAUAAUAUUGGUUCAUUUUCACUCGCUUGUAAUAAUGCCUAUGAACAGUGAAGCCACAAAAUGCAAAAAAUACAAUUUUACAGACAUUUCAUAGCCAUUCUUUCUCCAUUGGACUGGAAUGUACAACCAGUAUCUUCUACACUACUACGUGUUGUCCAUGCUACAUUGAGUUUGGAUUGUAACCAUAUCUUUACUGUUGUAGAGACGAGAACUACAUACCAUCUAUAAAUGUAUGUAGUUAGAUAGAUAUACAAUAUGUGUGUCUUUGUAGAUAGAUGUGGUUAAUGUCUAAUAAACAUGAAUUACCUCAACAUCA